AUGCCAUUUGUGAUAGUCGACGAUACCGAUGCUGGUCUUUCAGUCAAUCCGACUGGAGUACCAGGUGCAUAUACACAAGUCACUGACAUAGCAUUCACUACUAGUUUCGCCAAAACAGUCUCAGGAACGGCAGUAUCGGUCACCACCAUUGAAUACAGCUUCAACGGAACAUCAAUAUCUGUAUUUGGAAGCAUUCUUAAUAUCAAAUAUGGCUCAUCGGGCUCCGAUACUACCCUCGGAUUCUCGCUCGAUGGUGCAGGACAGCAAUUGAUCGACAUUUCUGCAGACCAAGAAAAUGAUCAGCAUCGCGGUGUCUAUAAUUCUACAUCUCUCUCCAUCGAUAACCACCUUCUUAAUACCUCUGUUUCCUUCCCCGGAAAUGAUUCCGUCUUCUACCUCGACUAUCUCAUAUACGACGCAUCUGAGAAUUCGUCUAUCACCAAUCCCACGACAUCCACAAUAUUCAUCGAUGAUACAAGUCCGUACCUUCUGUAUUCGCAGGCUGGAUGGGCACUCGGGCACGGACCUUCCUUUGGUAGUGUCACCUCCGAAGAAGCUGUGACGUUGAAUGCGAGUAUCGCUCAGGCAACCACAUUGGGAGCUAACGUAUCGCUGACGUUCUUUGGGUCAGCGUUGGAAAUCUAUGGAGUUGUCUUGAACAGUGGGCCUGCCGUCGCUGCGUACGCAAUCGACGGUGGUGUCUCUCAGAACGUCUCCAUGCCUCUGGACAAUGCAACGUACCCCGUAUACAAUUGGAACUUCAUUCCCUCCAAAAUCAAUCUCGAAGAAGGCAUACAUAACAUCACCAUCACUUCGCUCCUACAGAGUUCAACUACUCUAUACCUCGACUAUAUCCUAAUCACCGCAUCGAAGGCAUAUAUACCGCCACCAGUAUUAAUAUCACCAGGAUCCGGCGUCACGUCGUCGUAUUCUACACCGACAUCCUCAUCUCCGGCUCUUGACAACGGGAGGCAUAGCUCGCAUAUUGGCGCGAUAGCUGGAGGGUCGGUCGGUGGUGUACUUCUCCUCGGUGUAUUGAUAGCAGUGGUCCUGUUUCUCCGUCGUGAUAACAAGAUUUCUGGACACAUUGCGUCGCAAACGGAUAUAGAUCUUGAUGAUUUACAUCCUUCAAUGAUGGAAGGAAUCACCGCAUUUCCUCUCGUGAACAGAUCAUCGCAGGCCACUCAACCAAGGCGGACCCUGAAGGAUUUACAUCCUGUCAACAUCGAGGAAAUGCAAGAGCUGGAUACAUCUGAGCCCGCAACGCGUUCAUCAAAACACGUGAGCAGAGGAAAUGGUACCGGGGGAAGCGAGGGGGGCGACGCCAAUGGUCACCAUAGAAGAGAAAUUGACAGUGGCAUCCGUGCUUUACCAGACUCGGGUGUGACUGAGUCAGCCCUACCGCCAAUUUACACGGAUGAUUAG